AUGUCCCAGAAUGAGCUUCCUAUGCACGACAACCUAACUGAAGAAACAAAGAAUUUGAUGUCUUCACUUCCUAAACACAAAGAUUCUCAAGGGAAUCUCUGCAAGUAUCAAGGAUGUUGGUAUUACUACAAUACUCUCCAAGCAGUGAUCAAUUUCCAGAAGAAUUUCCAGCCACAUGACACCGAUAUAAUUCUCGCUUCUUUCCCCAAAUCCGGUACAACUUGGCUCAAGGCACUCUCAAUAGCACUCUUGGAGAGAUCUAAGCAGCCUUCUGGUAAUGAUCUAAGAAUAUUAGUUUCUGUUGUCAUGUUCAUUUGA